UAGAGCCGUCCUGUGUGAGUGACAUCAGGGAAGCCUCCGCCCAGAACCGCUAGUACAACCAGGCGGACUGCCUACAGCUUCUAGCCGCUACCAGGAGCUGCAGGAAUGACCGACAAUAUCCCCCUACAGCCCGUGAGACGGCCGAAAAGACAAGACAGUAAACACAGAAAUGGGUGCUGCCCGUGGUCGAGAUGCUGUGGCAUGGGUGACUUCCGUCCCCGCACCGUGUGGCUCGGCCACCCAGAAAAGAGGGAGCAGAGGUACCCCAGGAAUGUCAUUAACAACCAGAAGUACAACUUCUUCACCUUCCUGCCUGCGGUGUUGUUCAAUCAGUUCAAGUACUUCCUCAACUUGUACUUUUUGCUUUUGGCCUGCUCUCAAUUUAUCAAGGAGCUACGCUUAGGUGCGCUCUACACCUACUGGGUCCCUUUGGGUCUUGUUUUGAUUAUUACCAUCAUGAGAGAGGCAGUUGAAGAAAUAAGAUGCUAUCUUCGAGACAAAGAAGUGAACUCUCAGAUUUACAGCAAGCUUUCAACAAGAGGCACAGUGAAGGUUAAAAGCAGCGGUAUUCAAGUUGGAGAUCUUAUAAUCGUGGAAAAGAACCAGCGUGUUCCUGCUGACAUGAUCUUUUUAAGGACCUCUGAAAGAAAUGGCUCCUGUUUCCUGCGGACUGACCAGCUGGAUGGAGAGACGGACUGGAAACUACGCCUCCCAGUGGCCUGCACACAGAGACUGCCAACUGCUGCCGACCUUCUACAGAUCAGAUCAUAUGUGUACGCAGAAGAACCAAACAUUGAUAUCCAUAACUUUAUUGGAACUUUCACCAGGGAAGAUGGGGACCCUCCAGUCAACGAAAGUCUGAGCAUUGAGAACACCCUUUGGGCCAGCACUGUUGUUGCCUCUGGCACAGUGGUGGGGGUUGUGAUUUACACAGGCAGGGAGCUGCGCAGUGUCAUGAACACCUCCAACCCAAGGCACAAGGUGGGUUUGUUUGACUUGGAGGUGAACUGUUUGACUAAGAUCCUGUUUGGGGCCCUAGUGGUGUUGUCACUGGUCAUGGUGGCCCUUCAGCACUUCGCUGGCCGUUGGUACCUCCAGAUCUUUCGCUUCCUACUACUCUUCUCUCACAUUGUACCCAUUAGUUUGCGUGUCAAUCUGGAUAUGGGAAAGAUGGUUUUCAGUUGGAUGAUUAAGAAAGACUCCAAGAUCCCGGGGACGAUGGUGAGGGCUAGCACCAUACCUGAACAGCUUGGACGCAUCUCCUACCUGCUGACUGACAAAACAGGGACUCUUACUCAAAAUGAAAUGGUGUUCAGGCGGCUCCAUCUUGGAACUGUGGCAUAUGGGAUGGACUCAAUGGAUGAAGUACAGAGCCAUGUGUUCAGCGCCUACACACAGCCCACCCAUGACCUUCCAGCCUCCAGGGCUCCAGCAGCUACUAAGGUCCGCAAGACCAUCAGUAGUAGAGUUCAUGAGGCUGUGAAGGCCAUCGCCCUGGUGCACAACGUGACACCCGUAUACGAGGCCAACGGUGUGACAGACCAGGCCGAGGCGGAGCAGCAUUAUGAAGACACAUGCAGAGUCUACCAGGCUUCCAGCCCAGAUGAGGUGUCGCUGGUGCAGUGGACUGAGAGCGUUGGUCUGACACUUGUGGGAAGAGACCAGUCCUCCAUGCAGCUGCGGACCCCUACUGGCCAAAUACUGAACUUCACCAUCCUGCAGAUAUUCCCCUUCACCUAUGAGAGCAAAAGGAUGGGCAUCAUAGUGCGAGAUGAAUCUACAGGAGAAAUCACUUUCUACAUGAAGGGUGCUGAUGUGGUAAUGGCAGGCAUCGUCCAGUAUAAUGACUGGCUGGAAGAGGAGUGUGGGAACAUGGCGAGGGAAGGCCUGAGGGUCCUUGUGGUCUCCAAGAAGUCCCUGACAGAAGAGCAGUAUCAAGAUUUUGAGGCACGGUACGUCCAGGCCAAGCUCAGCGUCCAUGACCGCUCACUGAAGGUGGCUACAGUGAUUGAGAGUCUGGAGAUGGAGAUGGAGCUGCUGUGUCUGACUGGGGUGGAGGACCAGCUCCAGACCGAUGUCAGGCCCACCCUGGAGAUCCUCCGCAAUGCAGGCAUCAAGGUUUGGAUGCUGACAGGAGACAAGCUUGAAACGGCCACAUGCACCGCUAAGAAUGCCCAUCUGAUCACCCGCAACCAGGACAUCCAUAUCUUCAGACCAGUGACAACACGAGGGGAAGCCCACCUGGAGCUCAACGCUUUCAGGAGAAAACACGACUGCGCGUUGGUGAUAUCGGGGGACUCGCUUGAGGUUUGUCUGAAAUACUAUGAGUAUGAGUUCAUGGAGCUUGCAUGUCAGUGUCCCGCUGUGGUUUGCUGCCGAUGUACCCCCACUCAGAAGGCUCAGAUAGUCCGGCUGCUGCAAGAACGCACAGGCAAACUCACCUGCGCUGUAGGGGAUGGAGGAAACGAUGUCAGCAUGAUCCAGGAAGCCGACUGUGGCGUGGGAGUAGAGGGAAAAGAAGGAAAGCAGGCCUCGUUGGCUGCCGACUUCUCGGUGACUCAGUUCAAACAUUUAGGCCGUCUCCUCAUGGUCCACGGUCGGAACAGCUACAAAAGGUCUGCAGCCCUCAGCCAGUUUGUCAUCCACAGGAGCCUGUGCAUCAGUACCAUGCAGGCAGUCUUCUCCUCUGUUUUCUUCUUUGCUUCAGUCCCACUCUACCAAGGAUUCCUGACUAUUGGCUACUCAACCAUCUACACCAUGUUCCCGGUCUUCUCCCUGGUGCUGGACAAAGAUGUUAAGUCAGAGGUUGCAAUGUUAUACCCAGAAUUGUACAAAGAUCUCUUGAAGGGUCGACCGCUAUCUUUCAAGACAUUUCUAAUAUGGGUCUUGAUAAGUAUCUAUCAAGGGAGCAUCAUCAUGUACGGGGCGAUGCUGCUCUUCGAGUCAGAGUUCGUCCAUAUCGUUGCCAUUUCCUUCACCUCUCUUAUCCUGACUGAGCUGCUGAUGGUGGCCCUGACCAUUCAGACGUGGCACUGGCUCAUGAUAGUCGGCGAGCUCCUGAGCUUGGCCUGUUACGUCGCCUCACUCGUCUUCCUGCACGAGUUCAUAGACGUAUACUUCAUCACCACAGUAUCAUUCCUGUGGAAGGUGACUGUCAUCACGCUCGUGAGCUGUCUGCCCCUUUACAUCCUCAAGUACCUACGCAGACGUUUCUCCCCGCCUAGCUACUCCAAGCUGACCUCUUAAAGACUGAGAGGAGCCUCCUGCCUGAUUUACUGCGGGAUAACAGAAAGGUGUCUCCAUCUUCAUCCAGCAGCGCCUGCGCUUAGACCAGAGAAUCAAACAUGGAUUCAUACCCUUUACUUUGUUCUGAAAAGGUCGACUUGGAAAUGUGAAAGACGGAUAAUUUUGUCAGGGACAGGUUUGCUGAGAGAGAGAGUUUGUGUUAAAAAGCAGUGUUACUUGCUAUAUGUGUUUGAUGCAAAGACUAACUGAUGAUUUCUCUAUGUGGAAAACAACUGCAGUGAAUUGUAGGUUGAGUUAGUUUAACCUAUUUAUUUGUUCAGAAUUCUGAACAUGAACAUGAAAAUGUCCUGAACAGAAAUGUAAAUAUGUAAUGUAACAACACGCGGCUAUUUAGCCUGUAUGUAAUAAAUUAAGGCACGAAAUCAGUUCAGUAAAUUAUGCAGGUCCAGUUUGUUUUAUAAUGUCAAAAAUCACAUCAAGGAAAGUAACUGGAAAAGUUGGAUGUCUCUCACUCAGUUCUGUAGAUGUGUCAUUUGGGCUGGAAACACAUUUUCUCUCAUUUCCAGUUCCAUCUAAAAUAGUAAAGCCGUUUUUUUUUUUUUUUUGGUUAGACACUGAAAUUGACGUAGCAUUCUCACUCAGGACUUGAUUCACACUCUCCUUAAACAGUGAAAUGGAGUUUGAGAAUUAUAUGGUUAAAAAAAAAGUUUACUGGCUAGACUUUGCAUAAAACACCCGUCUGCAAGUUUGUGUAUUUGUUUAUGCGUCACCGCGAUGCUACAGCCCGACACGGCGGAGGUGGUGUGGUUGUUUAUUUUAGCAUGACCUGUGGUGUCUGAUGUUAAAUCUGUCUUUGUCUCUUUGUAUGGACCCUGAGUUGUUAGUGUUUGUGGAACGCGGUCAAAACAGCCACAAAGGAGUGUUGGUUAUUUGCAGCCCGAAACCUUCCGCCGGGGCACCCGACAGUCUGUAUGUCUGCAGGGGAAUGUGCAGCCUGUCAUGUGGCUGCUUGGCAGGCCAGCACUGGCCACACUUCAGCAUUGCAUGAUGACUCACUGUAACAGUGACCUAAAGCCAUAACUGAAAAUACCACGGUGACCGGCGUCCAGCUGCCCCUUUCAUGUCGUCUAAUCCAAGGCCCCCUCACUUCUACUAACCUCCACAGUUCAGCUGUGAAAGAAAAAAGAUCAAAUCACCUCUCCUCAGUCAGACACAAUGUGAGUAGAGAGUAUUACUACUGCACACUGAUGACACAUGAUACUACACUCCUCGUAUUUCAUUUCACUAGUAGUGUGAUGGUGGAUAUACUGUAAAUAAUUAGCAACUAACAGAAUAACAUGACCACACUGUCACUUAUUUCAAAUCAGUUCAAAAUAUUAUUUCAAUUAAGUUGUAAAAAAAGAAACAUUUCUCACUUUUCUCAUGUGACUUGAUGAAUCUUGUGAAUGUGUCAAACAGAGCAUCCAGGGUGCCAUAAGUAAUCAUAUCAUUUCCAUAUGUUAAAAACUAAAAUUUUAAUCCCCUCUGAAUUCAGCAAGUUGUUUGCACAGAAUUUUGUUUUGUACAACUUAUUAUUAUAUUUUUAUGUUGUAAUAGAAUUGCAAAACAUAAAUGAUGCUAAGAUGAUUUGGUUGCUUGUAAAUAACCUGUAUUUUUUAUUUAUUAACAUGUUUUAUUUAAUGGUGUUGAUUGCACUCAAAUGAGCAGAACAAAAAGGGAGAAUUGUGUUGAUGUCAAUGUUGUGAUGAUGAUUAAUAAAUCUCAUGUUUUCUUUU